CCGCACACAUUGAAGGAACAAGUAGCCAAUAGUUGAUCAUCUCCUAAAGGUCGAGAGCAACCAGUUUUACUAUUUCUCCUUUGUUUUGUUUUGUUUUUUUUUACAAAGGAGAGUCUUUAUUGCAUUUUAACUGGUAAGUUACAAAGAGACAAUAACUAGGGGUGGUAAUCGGUCGGUUACCGGUUAACCGGUUACCGACCGAGCCGGUUACGGUAUACCGUUUACCAUGAGGAAGAGGCCGAAUACCGAUAUUGGUUUGUAACCGGUUACCGAAUAGACUGUUACCGGUUACCAACCGGUUAGACCAAGUACUGAUUGCCAUCUCCACCACCUCUCUAUUUUCAUUCUCCCGAACAGUCCUCUCUCUCUCCCCUCUCCCCAACCCUCAUCUCUCUCCCUAUCUCCUCUCCCAGCCCUUCGCUCUUUCUCGAUCUCCUCUCCUCAUCCCUACCGCCACCGCCGCAUGCGGGCAUCACACAAGUUUUCUCUCUGCCGCUCAGACCACCAGCCGCCGCCGGAUUAGGGAGAGAUUUUUUGGGGUUUCUGUAGUUCCAGGUGGCCUUCAAUCCGGCCGAUUGUCUUUCGAUAGCGGGUCACGGCGGGUCAUUAUUGGGUGUCGAUUAGAGAACGGAGAGGAUUGUGGUUUUGUGGAGAUCGAGAGAGAGACAGCGGAGGGUUGUGGACUCGCUGCAUGUUCUUAUUCCGCUUCCAUGAACUCUAAUCGCUCGCCCGUGUUUAAGGAUUUGGGCUCUUCUGGUUCUGGAGAUGGAAUUCAGCAACUAGGCUUCUCUCCAUUUCGUGUUUUCUGGCGGUGGAAGAGGAGAAGGAUAUGGUAAUGGUAACUCUGGCGGAGACAGGGGUGGUGAGGCGUCGAUGAUGGUGACAGUCUCUGCAAGUAGGGAGGGAGGAGGAGAAGACGGAGACGGACUGAUGGUGGAAGAUCUGGGUGGUGUUUGGUCUGGUCGGAGGGAGAAGAGAAGACGAAGAACUGGUGGUGUUCGAUCUGCUCGCGGGGCCGAGUCAACAAAACAGGGAAGGAUCGAAUUAAUAGAUUAGGGAUUCAGAGAGGAAACUUCUUCCUGGGGGAGAUGAGAGAAUUGGGGUUUGGGGGUUACUAACGGGGUGAUAGAAGGAGAAGGUUGGGAUUUGGGGAGGGUAUAUCGGUUACUCUGUAUUACCGAUAACCGUCGGGUUCUAACCGAGCAUGGGUUGGAAUACCGGCAACUGGAUUUUGGCCACCGUAUACCGAUACCGCCGGUUAACGGUACAGUACCGGUUAAACCGUUAACUAGAUACCCAAUUACCCACCCUAACAAUAACCAACAUUUUAGUUCAACAGGAGGAAGGAAAAAGGAACUCGGUUACAAUCAAACCAUGAAAAGCAAAAGCAAGAACAGAGAACACAACACAAAUUAACAGCAACCAUCCAACAUAAUAGAACCCUUGAGAAAACCAGUACAUCAGAAAUCUCUCUUGCAACCAACCACUUAAAAUGCAACAAGAGCGAAAUCAGCUUGUCCGAUCAACUCGAAAUCCAUGGCUAGUGAUUACAUCAACCAUAUGCCGCCUCCUGGGGAUAACUCAAAGGCAUCCAUCACAGUGAAUUCUAGAAACAAGAUUGCAUGGCGGUGGAUAAGGAUUUGAACGGAUUGCUCCAAGAUGACAAAGGCAGAGGAAGCUGAGGCAGAGACAUCAUGUUUGAAGCAGAGCAGAAGAUCCCAAGGGAGCCACAACUCUCCACGGAGAACAUCGAUUACCAACCACCGGAGAAGACCCGACCCUCCACGAUCCGACGGCUCACCCCGCAACACAAACACAAAGUGGAGGUCGGAAAGGGAAAGAAGAGAAUGACUUCACCAAAGGAUGAAACCACCAACCUGGAAAAAUCACCACCAUCCAGAUCUGGAAUAGGCACCCACCAAAUUGCUAACUCCGGAUCCUACAAUGAGAAAACCUUGAACAGGAGAACCAAGAACCGAAGGAAGAGACAAAGCUCGACGGGAAAUGAAGAGACAAAGCUCGACUGGAAAGGAAGCUGAAAGGACACAACGAUAGGGGAAAAGCUGGAAAUCCAAAGGAAAAACACCUAGAACAAGGCCAAGAGAAGCAUGAGCACAAAGAAAAGAAGAAAACUGUAAUGGAGGGGAUUGAGCUGCCCCCGAUCACCAAAAGGAGACGGCGGCAGCUCCUAGAAAACAAAGAAGAUGGAACCGAGAAAAAGAAGAGAGAGAGUAGAGAAAAGAGUUCAAAUUUGAAAUUCCUUUUGCUUCUAUUCAUUGUACUCAUUUUACCAGCAUGGUUGAGUUUGUUUGGACAAUUGCAAGGUUGUCAACCCGCGAGUUGACCCACUUUGACCUUGACCUGGUGAGAAAAACGGGCUGCAUGCACCCGUCGGGUCGACCACUACAAGGUAUCGGGUUGGAGGUCAAAUUGUGUCAUUUUUUUCUUUGUUUGCGAAAUGCGCCUAUUUUCCGGUUUUUCUUUUCGUCUAACUCAAUCUUUGGAAUCCUUAGUUGAGCAUUUGAAUAUUGAUGUUACAUAAGUGUGUGUGAGUUUUCACUAUAUGUUGGAUCUAAGUACGACAUGUUACUUUGGUGUAAUGUUAUAUGUUAUUACUCAUAUGUUAGAUGAGAUUUGAUAUAAUUUAUCAGAAUAAGUACAAUAUAAUGACUCUUUCCAUAUUUCCGGGCUAAAACGGGUGAACCGUUAACCCUUGAACCACUAGCUCGACAGGGUCUGGGUCAACACGCGGGUUGACAACCUUGGCUGAUAGCUUAACUAUAUAUGUUGUUUCAACCUCAAACCGUAAAUGACUAAAACUUGGUUAGUUGAAGGAAGCAUUUUCUCAUGCCAUUCCAUUUUCGGUUAGUUGUCCUAGCAUGCCCCCUAUAUAUUGGUGAGUGAAACCAUGGUUCUCUUUUGGAUAUUGUUAUGGAAAUUGUUCACGUAUAGUUGCAAAACAAGUCACAUAUAGAAAUCAAAGUGACAAAAGGUUAAGAAGAAGAAAUCAUGACUCAUGCAUAAACACGUCCGAGCCAAUAGAAUUCAAUAUUUCUCCUUAAGGAAUUUAGUUCCCCUCUACGGUACCUAAGGUUAAUGGAACUAUUCCUCCCAGGAUAGAAUGGAUGUACCUUUUCUGGCGUACCGGAACUUGAACCCAGAAACCGACGAACGCAACGAACGACGAGAAGUCACACGACUCUGUUUUCUUUUAUGUGUUUGUAGAGAGGAAAAAUGAAAUGAAGAUGAAAACCAAGGCCUCUUUCCCAUAUAUAAUCAAUAUGGCAUUUCAAGAGUUUCUCUUGGCUCCUUCCCUUUCAUUCUCAUUCUCGCCAUUCAAAAUCCCAACAAGAAAAAUAGUUAUGAAAGUGGGGAACCAAUCUCACACCAUAAGUUGUUGAGUUCCUUUUUUUCUUAUGUAUGUCCCUUUGUGAUAUGAAUAUGAUAUGGUCUCCUUUUCUUACUUUAACCAUCAAGAUAUGAUCUUCUUUCCUUAUACAUCCACAUGAUACCAAUAAACUAAUUGAGAAAGUUAAUCCAAAAUUUUGAUCUCUAAUAAAGAGGUGGUUUUAUUAUUGUAGCAGAUAAGAGAUAGGAGCUUGGCGCACAAACAGAUGAAGUUUUGAUAGUUUGAGAAAGUUUAAAGCAAACAAAUGCAAGUGAUGAACAUCGGUCUUUCACUUUGCCUUAAGGCUUUAACACACUCGCAUGGAGCUAUAAAUCAUGACUGUCAUGCCAUACACAUAUAUUUUCCAACUCAAUUUAUACUUGUAUCCCUGCACACUAUAAAUACAGUAUGCCUAUUGACACGCCAAAAUACAACACCAAACUGCGACCAAGUGUAAUCGCAGUCUGGGAAUGCAGUAAAGUGGCAAGUUCUAAAUAUCAACCCGGGGUCUAGAUCUACUGCCUACUCCGUGAUUAUCUAUUAUCUAGCAAACUAAGUCGAUUGAUUUUGGUCUUAACUGGAAGCAGAAAGAAAGCAGGAAUAGAUUCGAUUUUCUGAA